AUGGAAUACGUCAAUCUCGGCGGAUCCGGCCUCAAGGUCUCCAAGAUCAUCCUGGGCUGCAUGACCUACGGAUCGUCGUAUAAAUGGAUGGUCAGCGAUGAGCAGGAAGCCAUAAAGCACAUUAAAUAUGCCUACGAUCAGGGCAUCAACACCUUCGAUACGGCUAAUGUGUACUCUGCGGGUGAAUCAGAGGUCCUUCUAGGCAAGAUGCUCAAGCAGCACAACGUUCCCAGGGAAAGCGUGGUCAUCAUGACCAAGACUUAUGCGCCGGGCGACAAGCCGGACAAGUGGGGUCCAGCAGGAAUCAACAACCAACUUGGUCUGAGCCGGAAGCACAUUCUCGCCUCUGUCAAGGACUCGCUCGAGCGGCUCCAGCUCGACUAUAUCGACGUUCUCCAAUGUCAUAGGUUCGACAAGGAUACGCCCAUCGAAGAGACCAUGCACGCCCUUCAUGACGUCGUCAGAUCAGGCCAGGUCCGAUACGUCGGAAUGAGCAGUUGCUUUGCCUGGCAGUUCCAGCUCAUGCAGCAAUAUGCCAUUCAUAACAAGCUCACGCCUUUCAUCUCGAUGCAGAACCAGUACAACGCCCUCUUCAGGGAAGAAGAACGGGAGAUGAUGCCUACCAUCGAGCACUUUGGCGUGGGAUGUAUCCCUUGGGGUCCGCUAUCCGGCGGGACUCUCGCCCGGCCCGCCGCCAAGUUCUCCGACUCUGAGCGCUCUGACAAGUACCACGCCUACAACAAGGGCCCGUCCGACGAUGAAAUCAUCGCUGCCGUCGAGAAGAUCGCCAAGGCAAAAGGCAUCCCAAUGGUCCAUGUCGCCCUGGCCUGGGUCCUGUCCAAGCCCUACGUGACGGCUCCGAUCGUGGGCGUCAAGUCGAUCGAGAGGAUGGACGAGAUCAUUGCGGCGCUGAAGGUCAGGUUGACCGACGAGGAGAUCAAGGCCAUCGAGGCGGAGUACAAGGAUCAGCCGAUCAAGGGGCACUCGGGACUGCAGGAUGGGGUGAAUGCGGAGAACUAG